AUGGAUUUCAAGAAGAAUAUCACGUCUCAUCAACGUCUUCUCCUCUUAACGGCAUUAAACCUUUUAAUCUUCGUACAUGGCGCUUCUUCAGCUUCCUUCCCACCAGCACAGUCGCCGUCCCCUCGCCGUCUCCUUCCACCUAGUAGUACCCAUUCUUCGCCUUCUUCCUUUGUGGGCCUAGGUUGCAACUUUGUGAAGGAUGUAUUCAGAUCUACAUUCAACAACUUUUACGUUGAUAACGGCAGCCAGCUUCAAAAUACGGAACCUAGCAGCGCUCCCACUUUCUCUCCCACUCCCAGUCCGCCCCUCGCAAACCAACAACCCCAACGCCGCCGCCCUCCCUAUGCAAAGCGUGAUGCUUUCUUCCCUCGCGAUCCUGGUUCUAGUACGACCACGACGACAGCGAUGACGACGACAGCAACGACGGUCCAAACGAGCGUCCCUAGCCCUUCGAGUCCUUUAAAUGCAAGAAUCCCUAAUAUCGGUCCUCAAGCUCCGAAACAGGCUUGGUGCCCAAGUGAGAUUUUUUGUAAUGGAGAACUUCUUCAAACGAUCAACAUUGCACAGCUGUACUCUGAUUCGAAGACGUUCGUGGACAAGCCUACAAGGCUUCCUUCCAAUCGGACGCUUGACGAUUUUUACGGUAUUGUCGGUGUGGGACCCAGUCCCAAUCCGAACGUGACGUAUGGGGAGUUGGUCAAUUUCGUGGAUGCUGAUUUCGUGCGUUUCCCCGUAUAUCCCCAGCUCAAUUCUAAUACUCACCCCCUGCACUUACGCUACGAACGCUUACAUCAAGGAGAAGGUCUCGAGCUCAUCCCGCUUUCACAGCAAAACACCACACCUUCUUUUUUAUCUCCUCUUAGGAUCCCUGACCCGUUGGUAUUGGGGUGGUCGGGAGUAGUUCAUUCGUAUUGGGGUGCGCUCGUGAGGGGGACCGAUCCGUCUAAGCUAUGUACUGGAGGUGCAGCAGGGUGCGAGAGCACGUUGAUACCGCUUAAUCAUACGUUCGUCGUCCCCGGGGGUAGGUUUAGGGAGCAGUAUUAUUGGGAUUCGUAUUGGAUCGUUGAGGGCCUCCUCCAAUCGGAGCACUAUUCUAUCGUGAACUCGACAUUGCAGAACUUUAUGGAUGAGUUGGAGAUGAUUGGGUUCAUACCGAAUGGAGGGCGGAAGUAUUACUUGAAUAGGAGUCAGCCUCCUAUGUUUAUGAAGGGGUUCUUGCAGGACUACUUGGCUGCGAAUGGGCCUGAUUUGGUGGUUCCGUAUAAUGAGAGCCAGAAAGCCGAUUUGUAUGCUGAGUUGGCUAGCGGGGCUGAGAGUGGGCAUGACUAUUCGUCUAGAUGGAUUCAACAACCUUUGCUUGGGAAUACUACCAAUACGACUCCUGCGUUGAGGACGUUGAACGUGAGGAAGACUAUUCCUGUUGAUUUGAAUAGCGCUCUUUACAAAUAUCGUCUAUUACUUGCGGAUCUCUACGACCUUCGAAAGAAUGCGGCAGCUGCAGACCAUCAGCGAGCCUGUCAUCACCGUCACAUUGCCUCGAACCUCAAACAGGCCAUCCUAGAUCUAUUCUGGGAUCCAAAGAAAUUAGCUUUUUACGAUUUUAAUAUGACGUCCAAUGCGAGAGGGACGGUGUUUACGCCUGCUGCGUUUUGGCCUUUCUGGAAUGGAAUCAUACCGAAAGAGGUACUUGAGAGCGAGGAUAAGGCUAAGGAAGCGUUUGGGAGUGUUAGGUUGGUUCUGAGCAGGUAUAAUGGGACGUUCCCGGCUAGUUUUUUGGUCAAUGGAUUGCAGUGGGAUGCGCCUAAUGCAUGGCCACCUCAUCAGUUCAUUAUAUUUGAAGCACUCAAGUCUCUACCGAAGAGUAUUACCAGCAAACCGUUGACACCAUUGUCAGCGAACGUUUCGUCGUUCUCACUCAUUCCGAAGGGCCAACUAGGAUUCACUGAGAGCGAACUUCCACUUCAACCUCUCGAUAGGGGUGGAUAUGCGAGUGGGGAUAUCAAUGAGGUCGCUGUCGCGCGUGGUGGUGGUACAAACGGGACUACUGUGGUUAAUGGUGGGAAUGCAACGACGAAGGAGGAUUGGGCUAGUGCGCUUAGCAGGGAAUUGGCGAAUCGGUACAUAUCGAGCGUCUUUUGUUCUUGGUACUCGACGGGUGGAUCAAUUCCUGGUCUUUUGGAUCAACUUCCUCCUCAGGAGUUGAAUGCGACGAAUUCGAUUGGGAGUAUGGGACAUAUGUUCGAGAAGACUAGCAUGUUUGAUAUUGAUGUUGCGGGCGGUGGUGGAGAGUAUACCGUACAGGUAGGAUUUGGGUGGACCAAUGGUGUCGCGCUGUACUUUGCGUCGAAGUACGGGAAGAUCAUCGACAGGCCUCAUUGCCCUGCUAUCCGGAUUACACCUACAAAUUCCACGACGAGUAAUCUUUUUUCGAAACCAUACGCGCCAUUUAAAGGGAUGAGGAUGGUAGGCGAUCCUCUGUGGAGAAAGCAUUAG